AUGCCAGUGCCCUCGCCUCCGCCUCCGCUUCUUCUCCGCCGCCUCCUGCGUCUCCUGCUCACCAGAAUGCUUUACUUCCAGAUGGUGAUCAUGGCCGGGACCGUCAUGCUGGCGUAUUACUUCGAGUACACCGACACCUUCGCGGUCAACGUGCAGGGCUUCUUCUGCUACGAGAGCGCCUAUCGGAAGCCCUACCCGGGCCCGGAGGAGAGCAGCGCCGUGCCCCCCGUGCUCCUCUACUCGCUGGCGGCGGGGGUGCCCGUCUUGGUGAUAAUUGUUGGAGAAACUGCCGUGUUUUGCCUACAGAUGGCCAUGCGGGAUUUUGAAAACCAAGAAAAAACUAUCUUAACUGGAGACUGUUGCUAUAUAAAUCCACUGGUGCGCAGGACUGUCAGAUUCCUUGGUAUUUAUGCAUUUGGACUUUUUGCUACCGAUAUAUUUGUAAAUGCGGGACAAGUAGUAACUGGGAAUCUUGCACCACAUUUUCUUGCACUUUGCAAACCCAACUACACUGCUCUUGGAUGCCAGCAAUUCACACAGUUCAUCAGCGGUGCAGAAGCGUGCUCUGGAAACCCAGAUCUUAUCAUGAAAGCCAGAAAAACAUUUCCAUCCAAAGAUGCAGCUCUGAGCAUAUAUGCUGCAACAUAUCUGGCUAUGUAUAUCACCAACACAAUAAAAGCCAGAGGAACAAGGCUAGCAAAACCAGUCCUUUGUUUGGGCUUAAUGUGUAUGGCCUUUCUUACUGGAAUCAACAGAGUAGCAGAAUAUCGAAAUCAUUGGUCUGACGUGAUAGCGGGAUUUCUAGUGGGCAUUUCUAUAGCAGUGUUUUUGGUUGUAUGUGUGGUAAAUAAUUUUAGAGGUAGACAACCAGGAAACGAACAUUCUCACAUGGACAAUCUGGCCCAGAUGCCUAUGAUCAGCAUCCCACGGGUAGAAAGUCCUUUAGAAAAGCUGACAAGUGGUUUCUCCAUUGUGGCACCAGUGUAUGCUGUGGCACCUGCUAGCACUUUCUGGUGCUCCCUGAGCUUUUCAGAAGGUGCCAUGAGCCGCAACACAGCCUUCCUGGUGGUCAAAGAGGACCCUCUCCUUCCUUUUUCAGCAGAAGAAAAGCUAGUUAGAUCCAAGCCUUGA